UCUCUAUGGUCAAUGUCAUACGAAUACCUAUACGUCAAACAGUUAACAGACGUCAAAGAAGUAAAAUUUUUGUUUUGACGAGGGCCGCGGCCAAGGGUUAUUGGAAGAAUAUUAUUAAAUAGGCCGUCUUCAAUGUUGAUUCAAUGAUCGUUUUGUAUGAUUAAGAAGUUUAUUGUGCUAAGUUUGAACUGUGUGUCAAACACGGGUGCUCAGAGAAGCGUCGAAAUGAUAUCUUCAUUCAAAGUGAAGUGAAGUAUAGUUUGUUGUGGUGUCAACGUGUGGGCAGUGAACGGUGUCUCGUGUGAUGGUUUUGUAAUCCGGAGCUGCGAUGGAAGGGCAGGGCGGCGACGCGGAGCGCGACCGCGGCCUGAUCAGUGUGGAGCACAGUGCGGCGGAGGGUGAUGGAGACCGCGCCAGGUACAGCAUGAUGGUGCGCUGCGCGUCGCAGUCGUCGCUGGACGAGUCGUCGCAGCGGCGCGAGGCGGGCGACGCGGCCGCGGGCCCGCAGCACGCCGCGCAGCUGCUGGAGGCGCUGGCGCGCUUGCGGCGCGACGACUUGCUCUGUGACGUGCGACUGCAGGCCGUGGCACGCGGCGGCGCGGCGGCGGCGCCGGUGAGCGCGCACCGCGCCGUGCUGGCGGCCAGCUCGCCGUACUUCCGCGCCAUGUUCACGCAGUUCGACGAGCGCACGCAGCCCGUUAUCACCAUACAGGAUGUGGAGCCGCACGCGCUGGAGGCCAUCGUGGACUACGUGUACAAUCCCGACUCGCUCGUCAUCACUGAGGACAAUGUGCAGAGCGUGCUGUCGGGCGCAUCGCUGCUGCAGGUGCUGGGCGCGCGCGCCGCGUGCUGCGGCUUCCUGGCGGCCGCGCUGGCGCCCGACAACGCGCUCGGCAUCCGCGCCUUCGCCGACCUGCACGCCUGCGCCGAGCUGGCCGAUGCCGCCGCGCGCUUCGUCGACAGGCACUUCGUCGAGGUGCUGGAGACGGAGGAGUUCCUGGCGCUGGAGGCGCGCGCGCUGGCCGCGCUGCUCGACAGCGACCGCAUCACGGUGCCCAACGAGGAAGUCAUACUGGACGCAGUCAUCCGCUGGAUGCAGCACGACCCCGAGGCGCGGCGCGCGCAGCUGGGCGCGCUGCUGGAGCACGUGCGGCUGCCGCUGCUGCCGCAGGACGCGCUGGUGGCGCGCGCCGCCGCCGAGCCGCUCGCCAGCGCCGAACUGCGCGUCAAGGACCUGGUGAUCGAGGCGCUGUCGUUCCACCUUCUGCGGCCCGAGCGGCGCGCCGCCGCCGCCGCCACGUGCGCGCGUGCGCGGCCGCGCCAGCCGCCGCGCGAGCCGCGCCUGCUGCUUGUAGUGGGCGGCCAGGCGCCCAAAGCCAUCCGCGACGUGGAGGCCUUCCACAUGGACGCGGCGCGCUGGCGGCCGGCGCGCGAGCUGCCCAGCCGCCGCUGCCGCGCGGGGCUGGCGGCCGUGGGCGCGCGCCUGUACGCCGUGGGCGGCUUCAACGGCACGCUGCGGGUGCGCAGUGUGGACGUGUACGAUGUGGCGGCCGACGCGUGGACGCCGGGCCCGCCGCUGACUGCGCGCCGCUCCACGCUGGGCGUGGCCGUCAUCGGCAGCGUGAUCUACGCCGUGGGCGGCUUCGACGGCGCCACGGGGCUGAGCUCGGCCGAGGCGCUGGACGUGCGCGAGGGCGUGUGGCGCCCCGUGGCCGCCAUGAGCACGCGGCGCUCGUCCGUGGGCGUGGGCGUGCUGGACGGCAAGCUGUACGCCGUGGGCGGCUACGAUGGCGCGUCGCGGCAGUGCCUGCCCAGCGUGGAGCGCUACGACCCCGCGGCCGACGCGUGGGAGCCGGUGGCGGAGAUGGCGGCGCGGCGCUCGGGCGCGGGCGUAGGCGUGGCGGGCGGCGCGCUGUACGCCGUGGGCGGGCACGACGGGCCGGCCGUGCGCCGCUCCGUGGAGCGCUUCCGCGUGGGCGAGGGCUGGAGCGCGGCGCCGCCCAUGGCGCACGCGCGGCGCAACGCAGGCGUGGCGGCGCACCUGGGCCGCCUGUACGUGGUGGGCGGCGACGACGGCGCCGCCAACCUGGCCAGCGUGGAGGUGUUCGACCCGGCCGCCGAGCAGUGGAGCGUGCUGGGCGCCGCCAUGCAGGUGCCGCGCUCCUACGCCGGCGUGGCCGUGGUGGAGCGCGCCUGACCCGAGCCGUGCCCCGCGCGCCCCGCGCGCCUCGCCGCGCCGCCCGCGCCGCGCGCCGCGCCCGCGCCCGACAACAGCUAUGUCAACGUGCACGUGUACGCGAGCGCGGCGCGGCGCGACCAGCA